AUGUCCCAGUGCCUUAAAUUCCCCAAACCAUCAAACAUCCGUUCACACAAGCUAUCUUCCUUUCGAUGUCCCUUGCGCCUUAAAUUCCCCAAAUCCAUCCGACAUCCGUUCCUGUGCUACCUUAAACAGUCCCCCAAACCAUCCGACAUCCGUUCACGGCCCAAUUCCCCAAACCAUCCGACAUCCGUUCACAAGCCAUCUUCCUUUUGCUUUCGAUGUCCCAGUGCCUUAAAUUCCCAAACCAUCCGACAUCCGUUCACAAGCUAUCUUCCUUUUGCUUUCGAUAUGUCCUGUGCACCUUUAAAUUUCAAACCAUCCGACAUCCGUUCACACAAGCUAUCUUCCUUGCUUUCAGAUGUCCUGUGCGCCUUAAAUUCCCCAACCAUCCGACAUCCGUUCACAUUAAGCUAUCUCCUUUUGCUUGAUGUCCCAGCCUUAAAUUCCCCUAAACCAUCCGACAUCCGUUCACACAAGCUACUUCCUUGCUUUCAGCGUCCUGUGCGCCUUAAAUUCCCCAAACUAUCCGACAUCCGUUCACAUUCAAGCUAUCUUCCUUUGCUUUUCGAUGUCCUGUGCGCCUUAAAUUCCCAAACCAUCCGACAUCCGUUCACACAAGCUAUCUUCCUUUGCUUUCGAUGUCCCGUGCGCCUUAAAUUCCCAAACCAUCCGACAUCCGUUCACACAAGUUAUCUUCCUUUUUGCUUUCGAUGUCCCAGUGCCUUAAAUUCCCCAAACCAUCCGGACAUCCGUUCACACAAGUUAUCUUCCUUUUGA